AUUUUUCUGCCUCCAGAGUUUAAAUGUGCUCAAAUGAAGCGUUCGUUCGUGUGUGUUUGAGCAGUAGCCGUGUUUUAGCCAUGAUGUUGAGCGUGGAAGUGCAGAUGGACGUGAGCUGCUGUAAAUCAGUAGGAACUGAUCUGUCCAUGCUGGAUAUUGAGGAUUUCAUUAGUCAAAUCUGUCAGCUGAAGAAAGAGGUGGCGUCGCUGGAGGCCAAGCUGAGAGAAAGAGGAGAGAAACUCCAGCCAGAGUGUCAGGAUUCGCUGUGCGGCGUCAGAGCUCAGAGAUCCAGAGACACGCGGGACUCAGAGCUCAGCCUGACUUUACUCUGUUAUACUGACGCUCAGGAUCAUCAGAGCUCUGAGCCAAACGCUGGAGAACAGCAGACCACCCUGAAGAUGUGCUCUGUAGGAGAGGAGGACUGCAGGAACCUGAUCCAGAGCACAGAAAAUACCACAGAAGAUGAAGAUCAGAGAGAGCAGGAGGAUGAGGAGAAUGAUGAUGAUGAUGAUGAAGAUAGAAAAGAUGAUGUUGGAGAACAGCAGACUCCAAUGAUGUGUUAUGAUGAACUGGAGGACUACCUUAACCUGAUCCAAAUCAAAAAAGAAGAAAACACCUCAGAUGAAAAACCUGAUGACGAUGAUGAUGACGAAGAUCGUAACAAGGAUGUGGAGGAUUAUGAUUAUCCGGAUGAUGAUGAUGACUUUGCUCCUCCAGAUGCUGCUGAUCCUGAUGGAGAAAUGCCCUCUACAUCUAAACAGCAACUCACAGGGAAGAGUUCCUCUGGAAAAACUCAUACGCCAAAGAAAUAUCACUGUGAGCAAUGUGGGAAGAGUUUUAGAUCAGCUUCAAUACUGGGGGUUCACCUGAGGACGCACACUGGCGAGAAACCUUUCCAGUGCAACCAGUGCGACAAGCGUUUCGGUACAAAGUAUUAUCUGUUGCGUCAUAUGAAAAAACACACUGACGAAACAGACAACGUAGAGAGACCAUAUCAGUGUUCACACUGUCAGAAAUGUUUCUUCGAGUUAUAUCUCUGUAAAGCUCAUGAGAGAAUUCACACCGGAGAGAGGCCGUAUCAGUGUUCGCACUGUCAGAAAAGCUUCCGAACUAGGAUGAACUUGAAAAACCACGAGAAAAUUCACACCGGAGAGAAACCGUAUCAGUGUUCGCACUGUGAAAAAUGUUUCGGUACUAAUGCAAACUUGAAUCACCAUGAGAGAAUUCACACCGGAGAGAAACCAUAUCAGUGUUCGCAAUGUGAGAAAAGUUUUGGUACUAAAAAGCACUUGAAAACCCACGAGAGAAUUCACACCGGAGAGAAACCGUAUCAUUGUUCGUACUGUCAGAAAUGCUUCUCUAAUUCGAAUGCCUUGAAAGCCCACGAGAGUAUUCACACUGGAGACGGUACAUUUCAGUGUUCACACUGUCCGAAAAGUCUCCAUAGUAAGUCUGCCUUGAAAGAACACGAGUGGAUGCACACUGGAGAGCGGCCGUAUCCAUGCUCGCACUGCGAUAAACGUUUCCGAAGUAGGUCACACCAGAAGACCCACGAGAGAAUUCACACCGGAGAGAAACCGUACUUGUGUCCCGACUGCGGCAAGAGCUUUACGAGAAGUCUUUCUUUCAGAAUUCAUCAGAGAGGCCAUACAGGAGAAAAACCGUAUAAAUGCUCACACUGCGACCAGUGUUUCACACGACCAGACACUCUUCGGAAUCAUGAGCGACUUCACACAGGGGAAAAACCGUACCACUGCUCCAUCUGCAGCGAGAGAUUCACGUUUCCAUGGCUUUUGAAUACACACAAGAAGAAACAUGCCGUCUCAGAAUCCUCAUAGAUCAAUUUUGUAAUUACAUUAAUGGUGUGUAUAUAAAAACACCAACUUGCUUUGCUACACCAGUCUCAAAAGCAAAAACAAGAAUGUCUAUUCAGCUUUAAUUACUGGAUAUGCAUCCUGUUUUUGUGCUGUCUUUAUAUUCACUGUAAUGUUCAGAUCGAUGUGUGUUUUUGAAUCAAAGACUUAAUAUUUACAAUUCAUCAUGAUAUUUUAUUGCUGAUCUUGGACACUAUUCCUCCUUCUCUAAAUAAACUGUUUUGGUCAUCUUUUGGAAGUUGAUCUUGAGCUGUUGUGUUUGUCACAGUCACAUAUUUAAUAACAUUUGAUGUUAUCCUGCUAAUUAUGACUAAAACAAACACUAAAAGAACAGAUAAUGUUUCAAACAAUUGAUGGAAAAUCAAACAAAACAAAGUAUAGAUGUGUAGACUAAUGUAACUUCAUGUAUUUGUACUUA